AUCUUUGAUUAUUUCCAGGUAGUUUUGCUCUGUCUAUUGUCAGUAAAGAGGUUAACGAUAACUUUGUUAAACAUUACAAAAUUAUGAGCAGGAACGAACGAUUCUGGAUCAACGAACGAAGAGUUUUUGACUCUCUUGAAGGUCUUAUUAAACAUUAUUCAGCAUCAUCGGAUGGAAUAUUCCAGUCAUUGACAACCCCAUGUGUGAAAAGUAAACCCGUCCUUUCGGAUUUGUCCAAGGAGUUGCGUGAUCAAUGGGAAAUACCUCGAGAAGAUAUACAACUUCUCGGUGUACUUGGUAGCGGACAGUUUGGUGAGGUACGAAAAGGUCUCUGGAAAAACAGUAUCACAGUUGCAGUGAAAACCUUAAAACCCGGUUCAAUGUCAGCCGACAGCUUUCUAGAAGAGUCCAAAAUAAUGAAAAGAUGCAAACACAAGAACCUAGUCCUCCUCUAUGCCGUGUGUUCAGUGGGCGAGCCCAUUCUCAUUGUCACUGAAUUUAUGUGCAACGGAAGUCUGCUGUCUUACUUGCGUUCACCUACAGGGGAAGCGUUAAGCUUUGAAGAACUUAUACAUAUGGCAGCCCAGAUUGCAUCCGGGAUGUCCUACCUUGAGCAUAACAACCUCAUACAUCGUGAUUUAGCUGCUAGAAAUAUUCUUGUUGGUGAAGAGCACGUGGUGAAAAUUGCUGAUUUUGGGUUAGCCAGAUUGAUUGUGGAUGACGAAUAUAAUUCCCAGCAAGGCAGUAAAUUCCCUGUGAAGUGGACAGCACCUGAAGCUAUAAUGAAGUCAGUAUUUACGACAAAAUCUGACGUCUGGUCAUUUGGCAUUCUGAUGAUGGAAAUACUGACGUAUGGAGGCGUUCCAUACCCUGGAAUGUCCAAUGCUGAGACGAUCCAAGCACUACAAAAAGGAUAUCGUAUGAAAGCACCACCAAACUGUCCCAGUUCUCUAAACAGUCUUUUGCAAGGAUGCUGGCGACAAAAAGCAGAGAUGAGACCGACGUUUGAGUAUCUUUGUGAUUUCUUUGAGAAUUUCUUUGUCUCGGUUGAGAAUUCAUACAAAGAUAUACAGGACGAAAACUAAGAUAUAUAUAUAUAAUCAAUGGGAUAUAAUGUGUGAUAGCUCGCAAUUCACACAAACGCGGAUUACAUCCUGAAUUAUGAAGUCAUUUUACACUCAUAAUGUGCAUUAUAUUUCUGCUUUAGAGAUAUGCAUUGUGCUUAACAGCAUUUAUCUAUUCUUUAUACAUACAUAUACAUAUGUAUAUAUAUAU